AUGGCAACUGACUGGAAGUCAUUCUUGGCUUACUGCUUGGUCAUUGCCUUUGUGGUGUUAUUUCUUUUAUUUUAUUUUAAUCGGAUAAUAGCAUACUUUUUAUCACAUUUAAUUCGAAUAUACACCUGGCGAAAAUAUAAUGCUUAUAUUGAAAUAGGAUCGAUUCAAUUUGCUCCCCUUGCUGGUCGAGUCUUAUUCAAGAACUUAAAAUAUCAUUCUACAAAUCAAUCAUUUUCCGUUUUAAAAGGCUAUAUAACUUGUCAAUAUUGGUUAUGGUCUGUCCGAGAAGAAUAUAAAAUUCAAGAAAGCACCAAUGAUAGUAUUAAUGAAAAUGAACUUCCAUGUCGAAUAAAGUGUCAUGUUGAUGGGGUGGAAUGGUUUGCUUAUAACAGGACUUCAGCAUACGAUAUCCUUGACAAAAUUCUGUCGCAAGUACACAAUACCAAUCUUCCAACAGAGUUUCCUGAUUCUUCUAGCAUAAUUAAUAAUGAAGUAGAUGACAUUGCUAUCAACCUAGAUGGCAAGGAUGGCAGUGAUACCAAUGGUGCAAACAAUUCUAGUGAUUCUUUCUUUUUAAAAUUAUUACCUAUUCAGAUAGAUUGUGUAAAUGGUGCUUUUAUAUUUGGAAAUGCAAUGACUUCUUCGCUUCUUGUCAUGAAAUUUUCUCAAGCCAGUGGAAUUUAUGGCGCCGUAAAG